UCCUAGGAAACAAAGCUUAGAAUCUCACUUCAAUUAGUUUUUAAAAGAGGGAGAGGCAAAGACAAUAGGGAAAGUAUUUCACUGCGUCUGUGCAUGUGCUUGAAUCUGUGCAAGUGUGCAAGUUGGAAGUAUUUAGCUUGCACCAUGAGUCUUAAAGGCAGGCGUUUCUCACUGGACAGCUCUGCUAACCUGGACGGAUUGGGUCUCCUUGGCGGAAGAAGAGGCAGCAACAGGUUUAGCAGUAAGAAAUCUAGCCACAACUACACUCGGUAUGAUGCCCCACUGAACAUCCAGGAGCUAAAAGACAGCAUCAACUCCAACAUGUACAUCAGGGAUCCUAUCACAGAAGAGAAUAACAUUGAUCGAACAGAUGACUUUAUCAGCAACAUUAGCUUCCUGAAGCACAACAAAACCUUCCACAAAAUGUUCCCAGACAUCCCUGAAAAGGAGAACCUUACACACACAUUCUCCUGUGCCUUGCAGAAGGAGGUGCUGUAUCAUGGAAAACUCUAUGUAUCUGAGAACUAUGUGUGUUUCCACUCGUCAGUGCUGCUCAAAGACACCAAGGUGGUGAUUCCUGCGUCGAGCGUCUUGCGGAUAAAGAAAACACAACUCGGUUUAUCCAUGUUGUCUAUCCAAACUGCUGAUGGAGAUAAGUGCACCUUUGGGUCUUUGUGGAACCGUGAGAUGUGUUAUCAACUCCUCCAAACCGUCUGUUCACAGGAACAGGAUAAGAACUUGAACGGCAGCUCUCAUGUCUCCUCUGCAGAUAAUGAAGCUGACCAUGACGUGGCCUCCGGUUAUUCCAGUUUGGAGGACAGCGUAGAUCAUGAUCGGGGCAGCGAGGACAGCAUUUAUCUGAACAAUGACCUUCCUCACAUGUCCAGUGAAGGAUCUACAAAAGGCAAUUCCACCAGUCAGAACAGCACAGAGGGAGAUGGCACAGCAGCAGUACGGUGGAUUUGGAGGAUCGCUGAGAGUGUCGUUCCACUCUUCUUCCUCAGAGAAAUCAGGGAUCUCAGCGCUCUCUUUUAUGUCUUCGUAUUACUGAUGAUGCUGCUGCUCUUGGCGUCUGGGUACAUGGGGCUGAAGAUCAUCGCUUUGGAAGAGCAGCUGACUCAGCUGUUUUUCCAACACAGAGAGUACCAGCUAACGUAGCCAAAGGCAGGUUACAGACACUUCCAGGAGGUCAUGCAGUUGCACCACUCUCUUAACAUCCUGUCAUACACACAAACAUUGAUCCCUGUCUAAAUAGGCUCCCAAAAGCAUCUUAGUUUUUGACACGCAUGCAGCUUUUAGUAGAAUUUGCAAUAUCGUGCACAAACAAAUGCUCUUUCAGUGGAGAUUGAUCUUCUGUGUCAUGUUUGCAGAGAAAGCAGGUCAGCAAUAAGAUGCUUUUGGGAUGUCUGAACAGGCCACACGGGGUGCACUACACGGAUGACUGACUGUGCUGGCAGAGAAGCACCAGGCCAAUAUUUCUGUUAGACGAGCACACUUAUUCUGUGCUGACAGAUCAAAAACUGCAGUGAGGCUCUCCUGCACGGAGCCAUAUGGAGGCAGCCUGCUGAAGUCAUAUUUGUUUCCUGUCCGGUGAACUCGCUGAGCUCAGCGAGCUGCAGUUGCAUGAGUCUUGGCUGCAGUUUUUCUGGAUCAACACAACCUGCAGCAGCGGGAACAAACACAGUGAAACAAGCACUUUAUUUUUGCUUGGUAUUAAAUAUUUGUUAUGUUAUGAUAGUUCACAUUGUGUAAGUUCACUACUGGAAUCUAGUGACAUGUUUCAGAAUAAAGACUGUUAGUGACAAGAAUCCGCCAGCAGAGGGCAGUCACUCCCAUUAAACUCCACUGUGAAGCACCAAGGCAGGAUUUCACUUGCACUUAUAAAUGUAGGCACUGUUAUUUCUUUUAAGAACAGUUUUUAUAAAAAACCUUUGCUCUGGAAUUGUUGCCAUAUCAGUCCUGUUGAUAGAUGUUUAAAAAUAUGUGAUUCGAGAAAUGUUGGCCAAAUGAUCUUUAAAACCAUUUUUAUGACCACACAUGUGAAAUCUGUGUAAACAUAAAAACACAAACAUAUAUUUGGUUACAUAAGGGAAAGGAGGUGGGCUCUAACAUUGUGUGAUUUGAAAAAAAUAUCCAAAGUGUAAUGUUUAAUUCUGAAAAUAAUAUUGAACUAUUCCCAUACAAUAUUGUCAAACAGGGUGUAUACAGGAUUUUAAUAACUGUAUUGUAUAGCUGUGUAUAUAUGUAUCUAUUCCAUCUGUGAAGAGAUGUUUUUAGUAAGUAAUGAUUAUAGUAUAUUGUGAUUUUAAACCCAAUCUCACUUCUGUCAAAUAUUGCAAUAUUUUGUAUCACUGUAUACCAGAUGUCCAUACUUAUGAAUGUAUGCGCUGUACAAAAAAAGGUUGUUUUAAAAACAAAA